ACAAUCACAAGUCAACAACAGUUAAAAACAACUUUUCUGAUGACAUAGAAGAUUCAGAAGCAAAAAAGAUAUACAAAGAGCAAAAACAAAAGGUUGAAGAAAUAUCAGUUCAAUUCAAAUCAAUAAAACAAGGUUUAUAUGAAGCAAGAAUGGCAGAUAUUGUUGAAGAGAAUAAAUCUAUCAUGCAAGGAUGUCACCCUAAGCUUGCUCAAAGGUUAGAAGAAAUUGAAGAAAAACAUCUUUUACUCUCACAAAAAGCAGAAGCUAGGAGAGAUUAUCAGAAAGAAGCAAUAGAAAUAGAGUUUGCUGCACGAGAGAAACAAAUAAGAGAUGAAUUUUUAAAUGAUCGCCGUAAUCUAAGGAAAGUUAUGAUAGAAGAACUUGAACUUAAAAGGAGUAAACUUAAGAAAGAAUAUGAUUUAUAUAAACAACCAGAGGAUCGUCUUAUAGAUUUGGUGGUAAAAGCAAUUAAUGAUCCAGCAUUGGAUGCACUUUCUAAAAUUAAAAGAGGUUAUCAAACAGAAAAGGCACGUAGUAUAAUGUCAGUUGUUCAGGCACGUUUGCCAGAUGGAGAACCACCUAUAUCAUCAUCAGUUGUAAUGAAUUUUAUAAUAAUUCCUCGAGUUCAUAUGUCGCAUCAAAAUUUUGAACGAUCAUGUACAGCUUUUGCAGGCGUAGGAACUUUUGCGCAUUCAGAAUGGCUGAGUUCAAAUGACUCAAAUAAUUUAGUUCAUUCAAUGGAAAUUCAAUACAUUUUGAACAAUGAACCUUCAACUGAUACAUAUUUUGUACUUGAAAAAGAACCUGAAGAAGAUAUUUUUACUAAUGGCUCUUCAAUUGUAGCCAAAAUUUUGAAUAUAAGAAAAUCUCAUGAAGCCUAUUCACAUUCAAAACAUUCGCACAAAGUUUCAAAUAUAAUGAGAUUAGAUAAUGCACAUGAAAAUAUUAAUACUAAUACUGCAAAUCAAUUAAUCACACAAAUUACAAGUAAUGAUUCUGGACAAACUGUUAGAAGAAGAAUGACUAGGUGGCAAGGCAGAAAAUAUGUUUAG